AUGUCAAUGCAGCAACGGUUAGACGGGUUGCAGCAGCAUCACCAUCCUCGUCCUCGGCACGAAGACGAUGAUGACGAGGCGUCUCUGCCGCCUGUUCCUUCGAGGAACUCGAGUGUCGUUCUGGCUCCGCCUCCACCUCCUCCCCUGGGUCCAGAACCAAGUUACGAAACACAACUGCUUCUGAGCGACAUGUUCUCUCAUCAGGCUACCCUCCGAAACUACGAUCCGGACUCGAUUCAAGCCGUCAUGAUGGCCCUCGAUGAGGCAAGAUAUAUGGAAGAACGACGGUUGAUGUACAACGAAGAAGCCUCCUUAGCUCUCGCUCAGAUGAUGGUACGAGAUGACGGAGACGACGACAGCUCAGAGCACGAUAAUCAGCGAGAACACCUAAGUCUUCGACCAUUAUCUCCUCCUCCUCCGCCGCCGCCGCCGCCACCACCACCUCCUCCUCCUCCUCCUGAAGCUCCCAUGAUGAGACGAGAUCACAGCAGCAGCGGAGAGAGCAGUACCUCAGGAGAAAACUCGUACCAUUUUCAUCCAAUCUACAACAGCCAAAACCCGCUUCACAACGACAAUAGUUCCAAUGACAUGAUGGGAAUGCCCACCAUGGAAGAACUAGCAGGACAACACAUAGAGAGCAUCAUGCCUCUUCCCCCACAACACCAACUGCAAUAUCAACUGCAACAGCAACUACAAUAUCAGCAGCUACAGCAACAACACUAUCAACAACAACAACAAAUUCAAUAUGGAGUUGAUUGCGGGAGUACCACCACCAGUGGUGACUGUGGCACUACCACUAGUGGUGACGGUGGAGCCUCUUCCAGUGGUGGUGACGGCGGUGGUGGUAAUAGUACGGGUAGCAAUGGCCACGACGAAGAGCUACGUCAAAUCAAAAACGAAGUACGCAAGCUCAGCACACUGCAACAACAGGAACAGCAAGAGCAGCAACCCUUCAAGUCCUCCAGCUCUUCCACGGGGUCUCUUUCGCCCAAGUUAUCCUCGGAUUCUCAAAAGAAAAUGGCAGCAAUACCUCCUGAUGCAGCCAAACAGGUUCCCGUGGGGGUACCUGAUGAUGGAGUCGAAGUCGUGGAUGUAGAGGCAACAACAACUCCCAACAACGACGACAACAACAAUAACGACGAUGAGACGAAGAAAAAGGACAAGAAGAAAAAGAAGAAGAAAAAGAAAAACCGAGAGUGCCUCAUCUGCCAACGAACUACUCUCGAGUGCAAGAUGCGAAUGCGCAAGCUCACGUGUGGUCAUCACUUUUGCUCCUCCUGUAUUGAUAGGUGGCUAUCCACCAAAGAUACGUGUCCGUAUUGCAGACAACAAGUCAAAAAAGCGCUCGCACGGCAACGGUCCUUUGGGGCUGUCACGGCUUGA